CACGUCUCAGUCACGGUGCAGGUGUUGGAUGUGAAUGACAACCCUCCUGAAAUUAAAACAGACAAGGAGGUCGUUGUAUGUGAGAGCUCGAGGCCAGGACAGGUGAGCAUCACGCACGUACACACGAGUGGAAGGGGCGGUGGUAAGGUGCAGCUAAUACAUUUUUUAGAGUGAGUUUAAUCGUGUCACCAUGGCAACAAAAACUUGAACAAAAGAAGAUAACUACCUUUUAUUUUAAAAAAAUUGUGGGGGGGGGAGUCAGAAAGUUAGAGAUUGAAUGAAAGUGCUACUCAAUAAAUGAACACCGAAUAACAAAUAUUAAAGCUGUUUAUAACUUGCAGAUUAGUAUCUAAAAAAUAGAUUUAACGGAAAUUUAACUGGCAAAUUGGCAGUUCGCCUUUUCAAGGUGGAUAGGUAUAGUGCACACAGUUUAAGUGAUCCAUAUUGAAGUAGCAGCAGAGUACAAAAAUACACUUAAAGCGGCAAUCAGCAGUAGAAACAAUGAGUAUGUUUACUGCACAUGCACAGUAAAACUUCAAUAUUAAACUGAUUGUGGCAGUAGGCAGAUUAUGCAAUAGUCAUGUAAACACCUUACUCUGCUUAUCAUAAUCGGCGUAAGGUCAAAAUCGAAAUAAGCAAACUUUCAAAUUAUUAGGACAUAUAAACACCUUAUUUGAUCUGCGUAUAUGUCAGCACCGGUAGCGCAAGCCUCCCUUGUUAGCGCGAGUGGAGUGAGUUCGGAACAAUUGAAUGUAUGCAUCUUCGAAAUAGUUUUCACAUGGGCCUCCCGAGUGGCGCAGUGGUCUAAGGCAGUGCUAGCUGUGCCACUAGAGAUCCUGGUUCGCGGCCAUUGUGGCGGCGCACAAUUGGCCCAGCGUCGUCCAGGUUAGGGGAGGGUUUGGCCGGCAGGGAUGUUCUUGUCCCAUCGCGCACUAGCGACUCCUGUGGUGGGCAGUGCACGCUGAUACGGUCACCAGGUUUACAGUGUUUCCUCUGACACAUUGGUGCGGCUGGCUUCCGAGUUAAGUGAGCAUUGUGUCAAGACAGCAGUGCGGCUCGGUUGGGUUGUGUUUCGGAGAACGCACGGCUCUCGUACAGGAGUUGCAGCGAUGGGACAAGACUGUAACUACCAAUUGGGGAGAAAAAGGGGUAAUAAGAAAUAGUUUACACAUACAGACUUUAUAGGUUCGAACUCAGAAUCAAAUACACUAACUAAAAAUAACGUGGUAGAAUGUUUAUUUUGAUUUGGAAAUGUUCUGCAUUUAUCAGAGUGCCAUCAGGUAGCCUGAUUUCAGAUGUGUCCAUGUAAACAGAAUUAUUAGGGACAUCUUUCUUCUUGCAAAGCAUGUAAAUGUUUUAAUCAAACUAUUAUAUUAUAUCUAUCCACAAUCACAUUUAUUGUGUGCAUGUAACUGGGUCAUUCCACCAAUUCGGUGCCUUUUGAGAAGUGUAACUUGGUAAAAACAAACUAGAAAGUAUAUUUCACCUAAUUUUAACAUUCUGUCAUAAAGAGCAAUGUUCAACUUCAUAUUAUAUAUUUUUUUAUCUCAUCUCAAGAGGUUAAAUAAAAAAGACUAUAGUAAGUGCCAAAUAAAGUAACAGGGUUGAAGAUGUCAUCUGAAAUCAGCCAUAAAUCCCCUUGUGACGGUGGAAUGAAAGCUUGUUGUGUGCAACAGGGAGGGGCAAUUAAAUGCAAGCAACAAAAAAAAAAGGAAAUUGCUCAAAUAUUUCAAGCCUCUCCGUCUAUGGGUUCAGCAGGGGUGUCAAACUUAUUCCACAGAGGGCCAAGUGUCUGCAGGUUUUUCCUUUCAAUUAAGACCUAGACAACCAGGUGAGGGGAUUUCCUUACUAAUUAGUGACCUUAAUUCAUUAGUAAAACACCAGGGUGGAGCGAAAACUCGCAGACACUCGCCCUCCGUGGAAUGAGUUUGACACGUGGGUAACAGGGUUGACGUGUUAUGCUCAACCCGCUCAGUUUUCCACCACAAAACACCAGAAAAUUGCCAAAAAGAGUAGAACUAGUUCACCUGCUUUUACACUAUGAUUUCACUAAUAGAUGUUCAAUAUGUAUUUAAAAAUAUAUAUUUGGUCACACUUUAUAUGGAUAGUCAUACUAUACCUAUACUGGUACUAUACUGGUCAUACUAUCAACAAACUAUCUACUGAUAAGCAACUGACUAUCUGUUGAUAAACAACUGCUUGUUAAGGUUACGGCUAGGGUAAGGUUUAGAAUAAAGGUUAGAGUUAGGGUAAGGGUUAUGGUUAGUAGAUAGUUAGUUGAAAUGUUACUGAUAGUCUGUAGACUAUCCAAAUAAAGUGUUAACAAAUAUUUCAAAACGAGAGUUCAGCUCAUGAAACAGGGUUGAUCUUAAAGGUCCCGAACAGUCAAAAUCAAAUCAAAUCAAAUCAAAUUGUAUUGGCCACAUGCGCCGAAUACAACAGGUGCAGACAUUACAGUGAAAUGCUUACUUACAGCCCUUAACCAACAGUGCAUUUAUUUUUAACAAAAAAGUAAAAAUUAAACAACAACAAAAAAAGUGUUGAGAAAAAAAGAGCAGAAGUAAAAUAAAAUAACAGUAGGGAGGCUAUGCCGGUGCAGAGUCAAUGUGUGGGGGCACUGGCUAGUUGAGGUAGUUGAAUGGAUGAAUUAAAUCAUUGGAUGAUAUUUGGAUAAAAACCAAAGUAGGACUGCCAAAGAUGAAAAAUUACUGUUGCUUCUCACAUUGACAAAGUUUGAUCAUAAAGUUACUGGUCUUCUCCCCCAUGUCAAACAAUUGGAUUCAGGAGGCGGGAUAGAGGCAGGAUUAUUAAGGUAUUUUUGUGAUAUCACAAAAAGCCUUAUUUUAAUCAAUCAAUCACAUUUUAUUUAUAAAGACCUUUUUACAGAAACCCAGCCUAAAACCCCAAACAGCAAGCAAUGCAGAUUUUAAUGCACCAAUGGUAACGUCUUAUUCUCUUACCUAAUUCAAAUAAGUACCGCCUUGUAACCAACAUCGCAGCAGGCGUGUUCACAGAGGGGCGUUGUUUACAUAGCUAGGUAGCUAGUCUAGUAGUGCCAAAAUUUGACUGCAGUGUGUCAGCAAAUAUAAUUAAGAGGUUUACCCUAUUCAUCUAAGGCAAAGAUACUUAUAGGUUUCUGCUUCAUCUGUGUCUGGUGUUAGAUAGUAACUGGCUAGCUAGGGAAGGGUUGCCUAAAACUCUGAAACAGUUGUCAUGUCAUUACAUCAAGAGACAUGCCAAACGGAAAAGUCAUACAAUCUUCUUGACAUCAUUGUUAGUCAUGAUACAGUAUAUCAACAUUAUCUGAUAGUCAGUAUACAUAUUUAAUGACAAGUACCCUGACUACACCCUGUAAAGUUUUAAUUGAAAUUCUCCAAGAUGAACUAGCUAGCAUGAUAAACAGUGCUGCCAACUUCAUUUGUUAUACAGCCCACGUUUUGUCUAUAUUGAUGCUAAUACAAUAACCAAAAAAUAAUAAUUGUGAAACCAUGAUGUGAUGUAUGACAGGACUGGAUGUUGCAUGCAAUUUCAGUGUUGUUUGAGUUGCUUUGUGUAUCAGCAAAUUUGCUUGAGAUAAUAUCCUGCAACACUGCUCACUGCGUCCAUGUUGCUUGACAUAGGCAUUUUCAAAGAACUGCCAGUCAAGGUGAGCCCCCUGCCCACUUAGCCUUCUAGUUCCCUGCCCACUGGGUCGGUCUUUUCAGAGUUCCUGGUAGUUUGACAUUAGAGAAAUUGCUUUUGAAAAAUUUUGAGAAUUCUUUAAAAAAAACAAAUUAUAUUAUCGGUGAUGUUUUAGUAGUCACUCAAAAAGGUAUUUUACAUGGGAAUCAGAAUGACAGUUCGGGACAUUUAAAAUGAUGGACAGACACAAAGGAAUCACUAAACACAUUUUACAGGAAAAGGUUUACAGUGUAGGACUUUACAAUAAUGGGGAAAACUUGGAGACAUUUUGUGGUUGAGUGAGUUAAAUCUUCCUAGAAGUCACAGAAAGUGCAGCAAGGGACAUUUCAAAAUGCAGAGUUUUGGCACUAGCUAGUCUUUAUUCAUAUAAAAAAAACAGAUUUAUUGAAUUCUCCAUGUGGUCUACAUUAAAGGGCACAUACUUUCUAUGUAUAAUAGGCUUUUAAAAAUGCUAUAUUGGUGAUCAAUUUCUACUUAAAAUAUCAAGGGAUGCAAAAUGCACUCUUUUCUUGGAAUAACCCAACCACUCUCAAAUUCAUAGACAGAGCUAUGGAUGCAAGGACUGACCAUCCAUGAUAUAAAAAUUCUAGUUUUAACCAUGUUUUGAGGCUGUAUAGUGUUUGUUUACAUUUACUUUGUUUACAACCAUUCAAGUAAAACAAGGAUUCUGAUGGGGUACGACAGUUGAACUAAGCUCAUGAGGUAUUUAUACAUUCUUCAAGAAUCAAUGGGUACAUAUCAUUAAUUCAUUCAAGUCCUAAAAAUGGAUGUAGCAACUUCUGAUUGCCCUUUAAUAAGCGCUCUUAAGCAGCCCAGGAGCACUUGUACUCUAAUUCCAAUGUAAGUUUCUGAAUGCCUUACAUGUUGGCAGUUAAAUAGGCUGGCAGUCAAAGCGGUAGCAGUUUCGUGCACCUCAAAACAUUUGUGCACAUCAAAACGUUACCCACAGUGGCAGGAUCUGCCGGGUCAGCCUUCUCCUGGGGUGCCUCUCCCUGGGCUGGUUCUCAGCCUCUUACCAAUUAAGGGUAACAAGCUGACAACAGUGCAGAAGGGUCAUCUAUGAGAGCACCCAUCAGGCCUUUGAUGCUAACUCCAACUGGCUGGGAGGCUGGAGCAGUACGUUCUGGAAUAUAUAGGCCCUCAACAAUUCAGCUUCCAUCACAAAGAAAUGUACGGUGAGGACAACAGAUGGUUGCCAGAGAGAAGUGUUUUGAGGAGACAGGGGCUGCGUCUGAAAUGGCACCCUACACCCUAUAUAUUACACUACUUUUGACCAGAGAUCUAUUGACCCUGGUCAAAUGUAGUCCACUAUAUAGGGCAUAGGGUGUCAUUUCAGACACAGUCAGGGUAUUUGUUAAGUAGAUGAUAAUGCAUGAUGCAUAGGUCUGAUGCAUGUGAUCAGAAUAACUAAACAAAACUGUGAAUUAUAUAUCCGCUGCAAACAUUUUAAACUGUGGUUCUUGUCAUUUUGAGUAUUGAGGACUGACUUCUGGAUGUUCACUUGUUAGCUAUGCAUGAACAUACAGAUGUAGGAUCUUUAAUUUGAUCACUCUUUUGUUGCUGAUAAGUUUACUGCACUGCAGGAAAUGCCGACAAGCUUUGUGAUUUACAUAAAUUCACUGAAACAGUAUUGCACUUUUCAUGUAGCCUACUUUUGGCCAGCUAAUAGCAUAACCACUGAUCAAGCAACAUUAUAAUAAUAAUAAUAUGCCAUUUAGCAGACACUUUUAUCCAAAGCGACUUACAGUCAUGCGUGCAUAAAAAUGUUUUUAUGUGUAUGGGUGAACCCACUACCUUGGCGUUACAAGCGCCUUGCUCUACCAGCUGAGCUACAGAGGACCACAUUUUUAUUAUGGAAUAAACGUUCAAAUCCUGUUGCUGCAGGAUUAUAUUUGCUGUGACAAUUAAGGUCAAAUUACGAUCCUACAUCUUAUGAGCAGCCGACCAUAAAAUAUGCUUAAUUUUUGGUUAGCACUGUUUUGAAUAUGAAGACAGGUCAUGACUCAUUAUUAGUUAGCUAUUGAUGUAUUCUCCUCUUGUUGUUCUCCUGGUAAACAACAGGUGAUUCAGACUAUCACUGCAGUGGAUAAGGAUGACUUUGCAAACGGCCAGCGAUUCUCCUUCUCUUUGCUGAGCGGAAUCCCUGUCAACCCCAACUUCACCCUCAAGGACAACGAAGGUAUUUAUUGCAUUCAAUAUCGUCUGUGUGCAUUUCUUAUGAGUUUUCUCUAGCUCUGCCCUUUGGCUAAACCUCCACCCAAGGUUUCACAUUCAACCACUCAAUACCAGAUAUCUUUAGAUACCUGCGACUUGUAAAUAUAAAGAUUUUGAUUGUCAAACAUCACAGUUAGGCACUGUUGACAUUUCAGGGACCGAAAUAUCAAUGAGGGCUCAUAUUAUGUGAUUUACUCAAAACAUUAGAGUGCCAUAAAAGGGUUGGAAUAGAAAGUUUGGGACCGUUGUUGUUGCCAAACAGAUGACUUGCUUUAGUCCUUGCCUCUCUCUCGGUACUGCUCUACCACUUGCCUUAUUGUAUUGUGUACUAAGGCAGAGGCCGAGUGAGCGGUGAAUAGUUACCAUGGCAACUGGCAGUAAGGGGUGAGUGUCAGGUGGAUAGAUAGGCUACUUACCUUAGCUAGCUAAGACCCACAGGUUGGUUUCUGUGUUACACUCUUUUCUGCAGACGGUAGACCCAAUAGGUAGGUAGCCCUGGGAGAUGAGAGUUCACAGAUCUCUGGAUGGAUCCCUGAGGAACAAAGAGGAAGGAAAAAAAAGCGAAAGAAAAUCAAUGUGAUAAUGGGAGAUAAGGCUGUUGAGCCUUUAUACUACCUUGGGUCCACAGCAUCAACCUCCUCUGUCCACCUUUCCAUUAUACAGCCCAGAGAUGAGGAAUGCGUCCCAAAUGGCACCCUAUUCUACUAUAUAGUGCACUACUGUUAAUCAAAGCCCUAUGGGCCCAGGUCAAAAGUAGUGCACUAUAAAAUGAAUAGGGUGCCAUUUAGGAUGCAGCCCUUAAAGUACCUUAGCUCUGUACCAUCAGCCUCCUCUGUCCACCUUACCUUUAUAAACCUAGCCCAGAGACUGGAUUUACCAUGUUUAUCCAAGUGGCACUUGCAGACCCUCCUCACUUCCUCUCAACCUUUACCUUCCCUGGAGGUGGUUAGGUCAACAACCAAAAGUACUGACUGGUCUGGAGUGUUUAGUGUUGAGGUAAAAAAAAAAAGUGAGAAGGGUGCAAUUGCGGCCUGCAAUUCAGGGCGUUCUUGCAUGUUGGCAUUCCUGCAUCUGCAGGAACUCCUCUUUAUAUUCUAUUGGUCCAUUUUUAAGCUAGGACAAGCAGAAGGCAGGGGCGCUCCAGCUGGCACAAUAAAGUUGGAUGCCAGCUGCCGAUAAACCCCACAGAAGAAGGGGCGGGGGCAAAAACUGUCACUAGCUAGCUCUAUACCGGUAGACAGUGUCCUUCAUCCCCGCCUGUCGGGCACUGUUUUCCCGACGGCGAGGGCAGGUGUUCGUCAGGCGGUAACAAAGGACACUGUGUGCUAGCUUAGCUAGGCUGGUACACAGCAGGCGGGCACAUGGUGUCCCUAACUAGUAAGACAUCUUCUGGUCACAAUAAUUAGCAGCAUGUGAUUAUCAGAUUGAGGUAUUUUUUUCUCCAUUGUUUUCAUUAUAACAACGUGGUGCAGUGGUAAGUCGUUGGCUUUAGUAGCCUAUAAUCAGUUGGAGGCAUGUGAUCAAUGAUGUCUGUAGCUUUGUUUAUCGUCGAACAACCACCUGAUUGGUAGAAGACAAAAAGGCUAUGCUGUGGGGUGUGGGAUGUCAUCUAUAAUAAUUUGUUCAUGCAGAAACCAAUGGGGUGCUUGGGGGGGAUGUUCAUGCAGGAACCAAUGGGAUGCUCAAGGGAGGGUAUUCAUGAAGGACCCAAUGGGAUGCUCGGGGGGGCAUUCCUGCAGAUGCAGGAAUGCUCACAUGCAGCAAUGCCCCAACUUGCAGGCUGCAGUUGCACACUAUUGAAAACAGUGGUCAAAAUGUGUUUAUGUAUGAAAUAUUUAUCAAAUGUGCCUAUAUCUUAUCUUUGUCUAUUUUGGCUUGAUUUGAGUGCCUUAAUGAUGAUUAAAUUAUACUAAUACACUCUUAUAAAAAAUAGGGUUCUACCUAGAACCCUAUAUCUAACCCUCUAUGUACGCUUCUACUAAGAACUAUUUUAUCCUCUAAAAGGUUCUACAUAGAAUGAAGAGUUCUACCGAUAACCCUUUUAUCUUUGAAGGGUUCUUCCUAGAACCCUUUAUGAACGGUUCCACCGUAAUUAGGAGUACUGUCUCGGAUUCACUUUCUGUUUAUAUGAGUUCCUUCCUCAAAAACUCAUCAGUUGUUCCUAUUCCCAUUUGUUUGCAAUAGAGACUCCCACUCUCUCUCUCUUCACGUGGCCAUUUUACCCUUUUAUGUCUCUUUAUCCAUUAACAAAGCAUGUUUCUUGUUUAGUCGUACUGAGAUGUCACUUUCAUUUUUUUAAAUAUUUUUAUUAUCUUUAACUCUGCAUUGUUGGGAAAGAAUGCAGGUUUCAAAAGGGGUCUCUUGUCACAAUCUAUUACCAAGGUUAUUUUCAGUCUGUACUCUACUCACAGUGUAAGCAGCUAGACAGAGUGUGUGAGGCAUAGAACCCACCCUGCACAUACUGUUGACUCUGUACUGCGUUUGAUACCCUCUUAAAAAUAAAGGUGCAAGUUGGAACCAAAUAAGGUUCUUGAGAGCGACGCCAUAGGGGAACCAUUUUAGGGUCUCUGAAGUACCAUACAUGGGAUGGUUCUUUGAAGAACCAUAGAAAAAUCCCAGACCAGGAAUGUUUAGGCUCUCCAGGACCGGAAUUGAAUAGCCCAGCUGUAGGGUUUUAUUUGCAUAUUUCCCAGGGUUAUUUGCGUGUGAAUUUGCGUGUGAGUUUCCAGUACCACCCAUGACUGUGUUUGCUAGUGACAGAGACAUGGUUGUUGCAUUCAUUCCUUUUAAGUCCUGUGGCCUUCACCAAGUGAGUUCCUACGUGAAUAUCAUUCAAAUGUAUUCUUUAAGUAAGGCUGUCUUUUGAUGUCCUAGUGUUACCCUAAUACAGUGGCCUGAAACUCAUUAUAUGCCACAUCAGGCCUACAAGUCACAUUUUGCUUUCUCGAAAAGUGAUGUGUAACUCCUAUUAGAAGCUAGCCUGAGUGGGGAUAUCUAACAUUUGGAAAUAUUAUUCACCUGCAAACUGCAUUCAGAAUUCAUUCAGAAAGCCUCACAUAUGAGACCAUCUUAAACAUCUAAACUGAAUAACCAUUUCGGUAACAAAAUAAUGGAAUAGUUUAGAGAAUGUAUGUUAUUUAUAUUUGAGUAGAAUAAGAUUAAUGAACCAAUCAAUUUACAAAAACACAGAUAUUGAAACAAUUCAAAAAAUCUACCUGCAAUAGAGCAUGCUGGGAAAUAUGACAUGAUGGGCAUGGUUUUGGUUCAACGCUGGUUAUUAACACCAACACGGGGUAUGUUACACCACUGAGUGUUAAUUUAACUAAUUAUAGUUGUAAUUUUAUUCUUGAAUCAACACUAGAAAUGUUACACAAAAAAUAUACACUAAUUAACACUGGCUAAUUUGCUGUGUGCUAUGAAAGGGACAUCUGCAGGCUUCCAUAUAUUUUAAGAACCUUUUAGAGUUCGGAAGAACCGUAGACGCCAAGUCAAGAACCCCAAAAUUAACUAAAAGGUUAUUUAUCGGGCAAGAGUUCUCCAAGGAACCUUAAGAGCUGAGGAAGAACCUUUUUUUUUUCAGGGUAGAGUAAGCUCUCGCCACUUAGAGCAGGCUCUUUCAUCCCUGUUGCACUACUACAGACAAUGGGAGUGGAUGUCUGUCUGCCAACGCCUAAUGCUUCCCCUCUGUUGUCGUGAAAUUGAAGAAAAUCCCUCACACACACCCUCAAACAGACAACCCCUCCUCCCCCCUCCCUCAACACCUCCUCCCUCAUCCCUCUCUCCUCCUCCAUUCUCCCUGUUAUGUUCAAAAUGUCCUCAUAGACACAUUUUUGGCUUGCGUCCCAACUGGCACCCUAUUCACUUUAUAGUGCACUACUUUUGACCAGGGCCCAUGGGGCACUAUAUAAGGAAUAGGGUGCCAUUUGGGAUAAAUCCUAGGCCCUAUCAUUGAGUUAUUGCUGCUGCAAACACUUUUACACUUCUAGCCAUAAAAGCUAGGUUAAAGAAAACACACUGGCAAAGUGAUACGUUUUGAAUGGUGCUAUUGUUAACGGUAUUAUGUCGUCUCUGGUUUCAGCUGACUGCACGUUUGUGCGUUUUAAAACAGCCCUUAAAGCGUUAUGGAUACUUCAGAGGCCCAUUUCUCCUGUCUGCUUGCAGCCCCAUCUUUGCUGAAUCUCUAAAGCUAUUAGAAAACCUUAAUUCCAUUGUGUGCUAUUCUCUGUUCUUCUCAGAAGGAUUCGUUAAAUUGCUCUAUUUCAUUAUUUCAAAUCAAAAAGCCAUGGCGUAAUUUAUGUUGCAGUGUUUCAUUAACAAUGUCUAUGGGAAAGAGGUAUGUAAGACAACAGCUGAUGCACACAAUGCAAUCGUGAGUUGCAGUAUCUGGGGCUUGCCUCAAAUAAGGCCGGUUAAGUAGUGCAAUGUAGCCCACAUUUUGGUACAUUAUCUACAUAAAAAAAAAAGAUAAACAGACAUUGCCUUUCCCGAUGGAAUUUACAAUUACUCAACAUUACAUCCCUCUGAUCCCAGUUUUCUGUGCCACAUCAUUGUGGUGACAUUUGCUUUUCUUUACUGUUAAUUAACUAGAAGGCUAUGUUCUCUAAACAACCCAGUUAUUUUAAUAGAUCAAUAGAUUUGUGAAGGCUUUUCAUACAGAGGACCUUUUAUUAUACAAGCUAAUCAGCUUGGUAGAAAGCAGCGCUGUCAAGCCAUUAAUAUUUGGGAUUUUAAUUAGCUUAUGUAUCAUUCAUACAGCAAUUUGCCAUUGGUGCUCUAUAUCUAUCUAACAUUUGAGACACGAUUAUCUAGUAUAGCUUUGGGAGUAUUUGUGCCAUAGAGUACUGUAAGAAUCCAGUGUUUACAAUAAUUCUUAACUCCAAAAUGUGCUUGGUUUGCUAACUGGGGUAAGACACUAAGACAUUCAUAUCAAAAAGCAUACAUAAAAAGCAUCUAUUUGCACGAGGCAUGAGGUAGAUGCAUUUUGAGUCUGAGUCAGCUAGACAUUAAAAUACUUAGGGCUCUAUUCAUUCUGUAUCGCUGAAGAAAGGUAAUUUCCUAUUGAGCUGACACCUGCAGCAUUUACCAUGAAUGUAGUCUCCGCUAACGCGGGAACAUUGCUUUUCAAUUUAAAUCACACUGUAAUGCUGAAUUUCCGCGAUAUGUCUAGCUACUAGUGAGAAAGCUGCCAGUUGAUGUCUGAUUCAUCAAUGUUGAAAGAAAGCCCCAGAGAACACAUUUGAAAUCUGUUUAUCUGGUGCUCAUCACCAUUUCCAAUAAAGUUUUUUACCAACUGUAAAGGCUCUCAACUCUCUUAAUUUCAUAACUUCACACGGAUAAAAAAAAAGAAAGAUGAGUUGCAUAAGUGACAUCUCUAUCACUCUGUAUGGAAAUGCUAUAGCAGAGGAAUUGGCUCUGGUAUAAAAAGGAAGCUAUUUGCCAGUGAGUGGUUUGUACUUGUGCUUAGCAAACCCAGGGGGAAUCCCCAAAGGUACACAGUAGUCUUGCAACCUCAAAAAACACACAUGCACGCACACACACACACAUUAAUUAACAGUCAAUAGUCCUAGCUACAAUCAGGUCCAUAAUUAUUGGCACCCCUGAUAAAGACGAGCAAAAAAGGCUGUAUAAAAUAAAUACAAAUAUGAAGCUAUAUUGUAUGCUCCCAAAAACUGGGAAAUUGAUUAUUUUAUACUAAUACAAUUGCUCAGAGAAAGAGCUUUUGUUUAACGAAAAAAAGAAAAAAAAAUGGGUCAAAAUUAUUGGCAUCCCUGUUUUCAAUACUCUAGCACCCUCCUCUUGCGAGGAUAAUGACAUGGACCAUGCUGUAAAAAACAGCAUAGACCAGCAUACAUUUCAAGCUGAUCGGAUGCUGGUUAUGCUGGCAUACCAGUAUGGUCAAGCUGGUCUGAACUGCAUGGUCUAGCUGGUUAUGCUGGCAGACCAGCCUUUGUUGUUUUUUCACUGGUGACUAGCAUAAGCUAACGCAAAAAUAGCAUCAAGUGACAUUAUGCUGGCAAAGUGAUAUUUAAUUCCAAUUCGAAUCCAGCCAGAGUGGAUUCCCACGAUCUGCAUUCAGAAUAACUUCCAGGGUGAAAAGGAAUGAGACUACCUAAACCAUCUAAACUGGAACAACCAUUUCAGUAAUGGGUGCAGUAAAUCCACCUAACAGAUUGGAUUAGUUUAGAAAAAUGUAUGUUAUUUAUCUUUGUGUUGCAUAAGAUCAAUUAAUUGAUUAAUCAAUCAAUGUACAUGCAAAACACAGAUAUUGCAACAAACAAUUCUAAAAAUCUAACUGCAAUAGAGCAUGCUGGGAAAUAUGAUGAUGAUGAGGGGCGUGAUUCUGAUUAGUUGGGAGUCAGGCUCACUUGGGAUUUGAACUCAUAUUCUCUGUUGCCAGCUGCCUGAAUUUCCUCCUACACCACUGUAUGGUAAAUAUUGUUAAAAGAUUAGAACCAAUAGACAUUUUGUAAUUUUUCCCUUUGGGGGAAGCUUUUUGGGUGCCACAUAGAACCCUUUGAUUUGUCCCUGCACACCAGAAGGCUCUAAUGUAGUUUAUAUUAUCAUAGAUCUGGGCUUCAGAUAUGCAAGUUAUGAUCGUGAAUACCAAACAUCACUCUCUCUUUCUUUUCUUGUACCCUGUUCCUUUGUCUCUCCCGGGUUUCUCUCCCUUUAUCUUACAGCUCUCUCUCUCUCUCUCUCUCUCUCCCGCCCCCUCCUUUCUUGCUGAUAACGUGAUACUGCGAGUCUGAGUUAAUAAAGCUUGAAGUAUGUGUUGUCAUUCUGACUGUCAAUCAUUAUAAUUAUUCAUAGAUGGAGUAGAGAUUGGAAUGGGAGGUGGUGGAGGUCUAGGAACACUAGUUUGGUAGCUACUACUUUACACUACAGUGCCUCUGUGAGAGCCAGCGCCUCUCACAACCUCCACUGGAAUACCUCCUUUUAUUUCCCCUUUUCCAUCUUUCUUUUAUUUCUCUUUCCUUCCUGUCUCACCUUUAUUAGUAGAGUGGCCUCAUGGAUGUUCAAGGUGAACUGCUUAUUUAGUGGUUUAUUGUAAUGACUCGGACAUGAACUAUGACCGGUAGAAACGUAAACAACAAACAGAGAUAACAGACACAGCGAAAGAGACAUUUACCAGCUUGAGAGAGACAAGAAGCAUGUAUGUGUAUAUCGUUAGAUUGUGGAAUGGAAGCAUUUUCUAUUUCAAAGUGAAAGUACAUUUGCUCACUAUCUCCAUUAAAAAUCCAUCUGUGGAAGUGGGUUAGAGUGGAGCGCUCUGGACAGAAUCUCUCCUAAUGGGAAGUGCAGCAUGGGUAGCGAGUCAUCCUGAAUGAGUCCUCUCCUCUAAUUUGCCCUAAUGAGUGCAUUUCUUCUCUCUCUCCCCGCUCUCUCUCUGUCUCUCUCUCGUUCCAGACAACACGGCCAGCAUCAUUGCGCGGCGGAGGCGGUUCAGCCGACUGGUCCAAGAGCUGUAUGAGCUGCCCAUCGUAGUGUGGGAUGGUGGGGAGCCGGCACUGAGCGGCACCAGCACACUGACCCUGCGGGUGUGCCCAUGUCAGUGGAACGGGAGGGUGCAGACGUGCCAGGACGAGAGGGGCCUCCUCUCCUCAGCAGGCCUCAGCACAGGGGCUCUGAUCGCCAUCCUGCUGUGCAUCGUCAUCUUGCUGGGUAGGUGUUGUCUGGGUAACAUCAAGCCUAGGGAGGAGGGUAUGGGUGCACGCCUUAGGUGGGGAUGAUGGGUAUGGGUGCACGCCUGGAUGGCAUCACGCUUUAGGGCAUGGUUGUGGAACACCUGGGGGGCAUCUUGUCUGAGGGUUUGGGCGUUAAAACGCCUGGAGACAUGGUGAAGUGUAGGGAGUAGAGCAGCAGCAGAAGGAGGGAUGACCAGGCAGACGAGGAGAGAGGGAGAGAGAUGAAUGGAAUGGUAAGGAAGGACACAAGCGGGUUUUAGAAUGAGGGAGGAUAGGGACAAGGUCAGGAUGAUGUAGAAGUGGAGAACAGAGAGUUAGUGAGUGGGCCAGAUGGGGAGUGGAUAAGUGAAGACAAAAGGACUAAGAGGAGAAUAGAAGGAGGGAAAGGAAGGGACACGGAGACUUAAGAGAGUGUGGCAUAGAAAGGGGAUAGAGCUGUGUUAGACCUGUCCAGAGAUUUUCUGAUACUUUCUAUUUCCAUAGAGUCAGGAUAAACACACUAUUUAGGUUAAAUGAAUGUGUUGUAUAGUAAAUGCUUUAUAAUCAGAGAUUACAGAGAAUUCAUGUGCCACAGAAUACAACCAUCCGUUUCCCCCUUUCAGCAAAGGGGAAACGACACUGCCACCACAGCCAAAUACCAACAAAGAGCCUCUCUAGAGCAAACAGAACAGUGGUAGGACAGUGAAGAGACUGUGUAUAAUUAACAGAAUCCGCCAUCACCCACUCACCCCAUCUCCCUUGAUUGUCUGUGGACAUCGGUGCGUGAAGGUGAUGCAUAUUCAUAUCAGCAGUCUCACCACGGCUUUGUCAGAGACUGAGGCACCCAGCAACUAAAGGCCAUCAUCACUGUUUGGAACAAACGCAUGAGUGAGAGACUGCAGAGUGAGAGACUGCAGAGUGAGAGAAAUUGACUGACUGAUGGUCUUACUUUAAUGAGCCAUCCUCAAUACACUUAAAACACAACAAACACCCACCCCCCAAAAGAAACGCAUUGUGUGCCACCAUAACCUCCACACAAUCACAUUACACAGUACACAACAACACAGUACAAUACAAUACACCCUCCAGCACCACAUUACAACCGUACAUCCAGCCCCUCCUCUCCAGCCAUACAGACAGCCCACCUGAGCCCCCAUACCUCCAGAAACAUCUCCACACUGUUGAUCAUUUUGUAAAACUCGAACUCAACCCUAAGGCAAACAGAGACCACACAUUUGAAUAAUAACACCGGGUCUGUUGCCCUUGUCAGUCCCGCCUGCUGUGCCAUCUCUUGGGGGGGUGGAUUCCACCCCCCGGCAGCCGUAGGUCUGCUAGUCUCUUGAUGCCUGCUGCCAUUAUACAUUCGUGCAGGGUGGCUGAAUGAGCGGACCUCAAAGGGAUAAGUGGGUUGUGGAAGAUGGGCUCCUCCCACACCCAUGGCCCAGGCGCCAUAUCCCCCUCUCGUGUGGGUCUCAGCAGCUGCCAGGCCCUCAGUACUGCAGCACAAAAAUAAGAGACCCUGCUAUGUUUUGUCUGUCCGGCCGCAUGAGGAAAAGCUGCCGAUCUAGCCCCAAACCGCCAUCCCUCCUCAAUAGAGCACAUGCUGGUUCCCUCCAGCCCACAUCAGUGUGGUAGAGUAGCUUCUGUGCCGCUUUGAGUCGGAACCCUUCCACCCUGCUCUCCAGGUCCACCAGGCCUUGACCCCCGCCCUCAACCAGUGAUGUCCCGACCAGAAAAAAAUCCACUAACUUGCGCUGCAAGUCCGCAAGCAGACAGCCGGCGGGUUGAGAAAGGCCAAUUUAUGCCAUAGGGAGGAUGCUGCCAAGUUGUAGAUGAUCAGCACCCUCCCUCUGUAUGACACUUGGGAAAGGAGCCACCUCCACUUCGUCAACCUUGACAGCACUGCUUGUGACACUCCUUCACAGUUCUUCCUAACCCACCCCUCCGAGCCCAGACACCCCAAGCAUCUUGAGACCCUCACAGCACCAUUGCAACCCCCUUGGAAGCUGUGGAGGUGCCCUGUCCCUCCAAGCCCCACAUAACAGAGCUUCACUCUUGCUCCAGUUUACCAUAGCUGAAGACGCCCCCUCGUACACCCUCAAACUAUUCUCCAGGGCCCGUAUUCCCUGCUCCAUCAUCAGCAUAUGCUGACACUGCUAUGCCUAUCCGCAACCCUAUGCCUGGCUCACACACUCCCUGUAGUCUCCUGCGUAACAGGCCCAGAAAGGACUGAAUAAUGAGUGUAUAGCUGCCCUGACAGAGGGCAUUCCUGGCGAAUGCCCCGCCCUACCCAGACUGGCCUACUGAGCCCUCCCCCCACCUUGACCAUACAUAAAGACCCAGCGUACAACACUUUAAUCCAGGCCACAAAAUUCUCCCCACAACCAAAACAAGACAACACAUUGAAUAGAUAUUCAUGGUCCACCCGAUCAAAGGCUUUCUCCUGGUCCAAGGAAACCAUUUCAAAGUUCACAUUUGAAAGCCUUGACAGGCAUGUCCCUGAUUAUGAACAGAUUGUCUGUGAUUGAGCGUCCUGGUGAAAAGCAAAUGUCUUGUGCCGAUGACUUUUGAGAAGGAAGUUUCAACAUUGUAGUACAGGGCUUAGCAUGUCUCUCGAGGAGGCUAAAAAUAGAUUUCAGCUUGGAAAAGUUGAAUAUUUUCAGAAGGAGUCGGGUAAUUGGUUAAGGGAGCAGGAUAGGAGGGAAAGAGAGAGGAGGUUGAAAAGACUGAGGCAGGCAGAGGAUGGGUUUGAAUCUGUUGAAGCUAGUAAUAACAAGGGAGAGGGUAUGUCGAGGAAGAUUGGUGUCAAGUUCAAACAGAGUGAGCCGGACGCCAGUUCGAGUUCUGGAGUUGAAAUGGAAGUGGUAGAAAGUGUUGUGAGGAGAUCGGAGCCCAAGCCUUGCAUUGAUGGACAUGGUUAUGAUAAAGAUACGUUUGGUCCAGUGGGAGUGAGAUUUUUGAAGUUUGGUGGAAAAGAUGGUGGGUGCUGUUGAGUCGGUGAAGGUAACCCACACACACACACACACACACACACAGAGAGUACGCGUCAGCUAAGCUAACUGUGGCUAAAUUCGUUAUGAUGGCAGCCAUGUUUGUUAAUGUUUGACAAGCGAAAAUUGACCAAUUCCAGAAUGCCAUUCACUAUAAGACGCAAAUAAACUAAUUCAAAGAUGGCUGCACCCAUUGCCUGAAUAAGAUCAACUUACUUUCACAUACAUUUCAGAGCAAAAACCAAGCCAAGAGGUCGAAGGAAUUGUCCUUAGAGCUCCGAGACAGGAUUGUGUCAAGGCACAACUCUGAGGAAGGGUACCACAACAUUUCUGCAGCAUUGAAGGUCCCCAAGAACACAGUGGCCUCCAUCAUUCUUAAAUGGAAGAAGUUUGGAACAACCAAGACUUUUCCUAGAGCUGGCCGCCCGGCAAAACAUAGCAAUCGGGGGAGAAGGGCCUUGGUCAGGGAGGUGACCAAGAACCCGAUGGUAACUCUGACAAAGCCCCAGAGUUCCUAUGUGGAGACGGGAGAACCUUCCAGAAGGACAACCAUCUCUGCAACACUCCACCAAUCAGGCCUUUAUGGUAGAGUUGCCAGACGGAAGCUACUCCUCAGUAAAAGGCACAUGGCAGCCAUCUUGGAAUUUUCCAAAAGGCACCUAAAGGACUCUGACCAUUAGAAACAAGAUUUUCUGGUCUGAUGAAACCAAGAUUGAACUCUUUGGCCUGAAUGCCAAGCGUCACGUCUGGAGGAAACCUGACACUAUCCCUACGGUGAAGUACGGUGGUGGCAGCAUAUACAGUACCAGUCAAAAGUUUGGACACAUCUACUCAUUCAAGUAUUUUCUUUAUUUUUACUAUUUUCUACAUUGUAGAAUAAUAGUGAAGACAUCAAACCUAUGAAAUAACCCAUAUGGAAUCAUGUAUUAACCAAAAAAGUGUUAAACAAAUCAAAAUACAUGUUAUAUUUUAGAUACUUCAAAGUAGCCACCAUUUCUUUGCCUUGAUGACAGGUUUGCACACUCUUGGCAUUCUCUCAACCAGCUCCAUAAGGAAUGCUUUUCCAACAGUCUUGAAGGAGUUCCAACAUAUGCUGAGGACUUCUUGGCUGCUUUUUCCUUCACUCUGCGGUGCAACUCAUCCCAAACCAUCUCAAUUGGGUUGAUGUUGGGUGAUUGUGGAGGCCAGUUCAUCUGAUGCAGCACUCCAUCACUCUCCUUGGUCAAAUAGCCCUUACAUAGCCUGGAUGUGUGUCUUGGGUCAUUGUCCUGUUGAAAAACAAAUAAUAGCGCAAACCAGAUGGGAUGGUGUAUCGCUGCAGAAUGCUAUCGUAGCCAUGCUGGUUAAGUGUACCUUGAAUACUAAACAAAUCACCCACAGUGUCACCAGCAAAGCACCCCCACACCAUCACACCACCUCCUCCAUCCUUCACGGUGGGAACAACACAUGCGUAGAUCAUCUGUUCACCUACUCUGCGUCUCACAAAGACACGGCGGUUGGAAACAAAAAUCGCAAAUUUGGACUCAUCAGACCAAAGGACAGGUUUCCACCGUUCUAAUGUCCAUUGUUUGUGUUUCUUGGUCCAAGCAAGUCUCUUCUUCUUAUUGGUGUCCUUUAGUAGUGGUUUCUUUGCAGCAAUUCGACCAUGAAGGCCUGAUUCACGCUGUCUCCUCUGAACAGUUGAUGUUGAGAUAUGUCUGUUACUUAUACUCUGUGCAAUUUCUGAGGUGCAGUUACCUCUAAUGAACUUAUCCUCUGCAGCAGAGGUAAAUCUGGAUCUUCCUUUCCUGUGGCGGUCCUCAUGAGAGCCAGUUUCAUCAUAGCGCGCACACACACACACACAUACAACACACACUUAUUUGAAUUGAUGAGGUGGCUCUUAAAAGAGCCUUUGGGUUUGUGGAGUGGCAGGCAAGUGACAGUGAGUGUGGUAGUGUGUACUACUGCGUGUGUCUUGCUAGAACCGAGGAGAGACCUGGGCCCGUUUUCAGAAAGCAUCUCAGAAAGUGUCUUAGGAAUCCUGUUAAAACCUGUUUUAAGACAAAAAAAUCCCAGUUUUUUAGGAUGACAAACUCUGAGCCAGGAGUAAAAUAAACUCAGAAAAGUUUAUCAGCUGGUAAUCACGACAGUUUGAGGUACCGCAAAGGAAAGAUGGUGAUGACUCUCAUUCACAUUGUUGCAAAUUGGGGAAUAACCAAUCGUGAUGAGGCACUGCCAGCUGUGAACGCUAUAGCAUGCGUCGCUUCAGAGAUACUGCGCAAGAGAUACUGUUGCAGGUCUAGAGUAUUUAUGGAUUGAUCAUAUAGAAAUAUCAAAACAUUAUUUUACCAACUCCAAAGCAAUUGCAUGCGGUGUAGGAACCACUGACUCGCUGCAUUUUUCUAUUAAGACACCUGCUGGAAACUCUUAACUGGUUAGGACAGCUCAUGAGGUGUCCUAAAUAUCUGUGACUUGGUGUGACUCAUAUGACUAAAGAGGCUUCAUGCAUCACUUUUAUUUUUACCCAUAAGAGUAGGAGUAAAAUGUCUCUAUUAACAGCACUAACAACACGUUUUCUACUCUGAGAUGCGUUGUGGAUAUGGGCCCAGGGCUGAACGCGGAAUGAGAAAACAGCCUAGCUGUUUAAUUUGGAUCUUGCGAUGUGGUUAUCCUCAGUUGCUGGGACCGCUACUAUCUAUCCCGGGACACUGCCAAAUCCUAAAGUCUGAAGAGCUGCUGCUUGGCGAAACAGCUAGUCUAGCUGCUAGCUAUCAAGCUAGCCAGGUUUCCUUGACAGUUUGAACACAUCCCGCGAUGCCGUUAGCCCUUAUGGAUGGGAUAGUCCCCGGCUUCUGGCUGUUUAAAUCCCUGCUGUAUGUUGCUGUUUCCAUCGGCCCUGCGAGCUGUGCUGGCUGGAAUUCUGUGGAGUACGAGCAUUAGCCUACGUUGCUACCAUCAUGCCGCCCAAAGUUAAAGAAGGUUGGAGUAAUAGAGAGGACAGUAUUUCGCUAUCACAGUUGCGUGAUCUUUUAAAUUAAUUGUUACAGCAACAGGAAAAUAGCUACUGGUGGAAUCAACUAACAAAAGAGUAGACGAUCUGACCACAGAGGUCCAAGACCUUAAGAACAGUUUGCAGUUCUCCCAGGGAGAGGUGGAUGUCCUGAAAGAGACUUGCAGCAAGAUGACAGCAAACUGUAAGUCCACAUGAGAUGACAUCAACACUGUCUGUGAAUCAUUAUUACAGAUAACUGGGGAAACCGACUAUGUAAAGGGCCAAUCCAGGAGGAAUAACAUUGUUGUGGAUGGCAUACCAGAGUCUCCACAUGAGACCUGGGUGGAGUCUGAGGAGAAGGUGAGAAAUAUUAACACCGAAAAGCUGCAGUUGGAUCAUAGGAAGAUUGAGGUGGAGCACAUCCACAGGUUUGGAAAACCUGUAACCAGCCCAGGUGACAGAUCCAGGCCGAUAGUGGUCAAAGGUUCAAGGACAAGAUGGCUGUUAUGAAGAGAGCCAAGAACUUGAGAGGAACCAACAUCUUCCUCAACGAGGACUUCUCUGAAGCUGUGCGCCAGAGGCGUAAAGAACUUAUCCCAGCUAUGAAAGCUGCCAGAGAGCGCGGGGACAUUGCGUACAUCUGCUAUGACAAGCUCAUUGUCCACCCUCCCAAAAGUCUGGGAGGAGUGAGCGAGCCAAGCUUCCGGGUCAGUAGCUUCAGCCCAACAUUUCACAUGAUAUGCUUAAAUACUUAUAACCACUAGGCUAAUAAAUAAAUACAUUUUUCUUUUGAUUAUUAAUUACCUACAUUAUGAAAAUAAAUGACUUAAAUGACUAAAAAUGUAACAAAAUGUAAAAAUGUUAUUUCAAGUUAUCCAUUUGGAGCGCAACAUCACGUUGUAAAAAAUUAUCCUAAAUUGGGCAUGCCUAUAAGUUGGGCAAUUGAAGGUAUGUUAACUUUGAAGGCUUAUGUUAACUUUGAUUGUGUUCAAUGAAAAUGAUGGACCUUUCAAACGUUGGAUGCAACAUUGUAUGCAACAUUAUCGGCAAGUGACGUGAUGCCUACUGUGCCAAAGCGAUUUAGAGUUGUUAAACGGGAGUGACGAGUGUGUUGAUAUAACGGUAAUAUUGUCAAAAUUCAACUCUUAACAACCAUCAGAAUUGGUUAAAAAAAAGGUUAUGCAUGUCAACUUAUUAGGCAAUAAUUAAGAGUAGGCAAACUGAUCGUGUCAGGCAAAAUUGAUAUCAAACGUUUUACCAUUGCAACAUUUGAUGUACAGUCACAUUCACAGUGGAUGUCUGAAGCAUGCUAUAGAGUUCACAGCUUGCAAUGCCUCAUCGCGAUUGGUUAUUCCCCAUCAUUUGCAACAAUGUCAAUGAGCGUCAUCACCAUCUUUCCUUUUCGGUACGUCAAACUGUCGUGAUUACCUGCUAAAAUGAACCUUUGAGUUGAUUUUACUCCUUAACAUCAUCCUAAUACCUACUCUGAGCUGGGAGAUUUUUUAAAACAGGUUUUAGCAGGAUUCCUAAGACCUUUUCUGAGAUGCUUUGUAUCUUUGUGUAUCCACAAAGCAUCUCAGAGUAUAUAUUUUUUUGUAAGUGCUUAGAAUAGAGACAUUUUACUCCUUCUCUAAUGGGUAAAAAUAAAAGCUAUGCAUGAAGCCUCUUUAGUUGUAGGAGUCCAACCUAGUCGACAGAUAUUUAGGAGAUCUCAUGAGUUGUCCAAACCAGUUAAGAGUUUACCAGCAAGCAUCUUAAUUUACAUUUUAGUCAUUUAGCAGACGCUAUUAUCCAGAGCGACUUACAGUUAGUGAGUGUAUACAUAUUAUUUUUAUUGUUUUCAUACUGGGCCCCCGUGGGAAUCGAACCCACAACCCUGUCGUUGCAAACGCCAUGCUCUACCAACUGAGCUACAUCCCUGCCGGCCAUUCCCUCCCCUACACUGGACGACGCUGGGCCAAUUGUGCGCCGCCCCAUGGGUCUCCCGGUCGCGGCCGCCUACGACUGGAUCCAGGAUCUCCAGGAUCUCUAGUGGCACAGCUAGCACUGCGAUGCAGUGCCUUAAACCACUGCGCCACUCGGGAGACCUUUUUCUAAUAAUAGAAAAAUGCAGCAAGUCAAUGGUUCCGGCGCCACAUGCAGUUGCUUUGGAGUUGGAACAGUCUCUCUUGCAGUUUUGACAAUAAUUUCACGAGGCCAAUUUCACAUUACAUUAAAAUAUGUAAUGUGCAAAAAUAAAGAACGGGCCCUGGUCAAAAGUAGUGAACUAUGUAGAGAAUAGGGUGCCAAUUGGGACGCAGCCUAUAAUGAGAAGAUUCUCAUCAGCAUCCUAGCAGCUUGCAUUCAGAGCAUCAUCACAGCUAAUACUAAUGAUGGCUAAUGUGUAUUACUGAUUUACAGCUCCGCUAGCUUCUGUGUAUAAUCAGGAAUUAAUAUGCAUUAUAAUAAAAUGGAGGGGAUGUUUCAAAGACUUCAUUCUUAAUGGUACCCUAUUCCCUUUAUAGGGAAUAUAAUGCCAUUUGGGAUGCAACCAAAGCUUUUAUUUUGUUAGCUGUUUACGACCCAAAACAUGUAAAUGUUUUAUGACUUUAAUAAAUGACAUACCAACACCACAUGCAGUGCAUGAAAUUAGCAUGCGACCAGGCUUGGAUAUCAUAGCGUCUCGACUGCUACAAUAAUGAUGUGGUGUUGUUAAACCAACCGUUUUGUUGAUGUUGUUUCCAUUACAGUCGUUAUUGUUGUAGUUGUUGACAUGGCGUCUCUACCUGUUCAUCACUCUCUGGUGUGGCAUUGUUGUCUCCAUUAUUGUUGUUGUUGUUGUUGUUGACAUGGUGUCUCUGCUUGUCACUCUUCUGCAGUGAUCAUGGCUCUGUUCAUCACCAUUUUGUUGUCGUUGUUAUUGACAUGAUAUCUCUGUUCAUUUCUCUCUUCUUACAGCAAUUGUGAUUCUGUUCACAGUUUUUUUUGUUGGCAUUGUUUCUAUUAUUGUUGUUGUUGAUGAUGUUGUUGUUGACACAGCAUCUGUCCUUGUCUUCCUCCAGUGAUCGUGGUUCUGUUCAUCACCCUGCGGCGGAGCAAGAAGGAGCCCCUCAUCAUCUCAGAGGAGGACGUGCGUGAGAACGUGGUAACCUACGACGACGAGGGCGGCGGCGAAGAGGACACCGAGGCCUUCGACAUUAUUGCCCUGCGGAACCCCGCCGCCGCCGAAGAGCUCAAGUUCCGACGGGACGUCCGGCCACAGGCGGCCCGACAAUGUGGCGGACCGGCACGGGGCUGCCACAGUCCCCCAGAGCUGGACCAGCUGAAUGUGCAGAAGUUUAUUAAACAGAGACUAGUGGAGGCAGACAUGGACACUAGCGGGCCUCCCUAUGACUCCCUCCAGACCUACGCAUACGAGGGUCAAGGGUCGCCCACAGGCUCCAUCAGCUCUCUGGACUCCCCGGGAACACACUCAGAACGGGAUUAUAACUAUCUGGAUGACUGGGGGCCCGAAUUUCAGAAACUGGCAGAACUCUAUGGGGAGGAUAAGGAUGUGGCAGAGUUGGAUGUU